AUGCCAUCCCUGAUAUCUUCUCUACUGUCCUCACCUACGGCCGUCUUUCUCUCAGCCUUCCUCCUACGUGCCAUUCUCUUGGUCUAUGGUAUCUACCAGGACUCGGUCUCGGCUCUGAAAUACACCGACAUCGACUACUAUGUCUUCACCGAUGCAGCUCGCGCAGUCGCAAAUCAUUCCUCACCAUAUGAUAGAGCCACAUAUAGGUACACCCCAUUACUAGCGUGGAUCUUAUUGCCAACCACUUGGGGAGGCUUGUGGUUUCACUUCGGCAAAGCGUUAUUCGCUCUUUCAGAUCUGAUCGCGGGCUGGCUUAUUCUGACCUUGCUGGAGAAGAGGGGACUGGACAAAACGCACGCCCUGAAAUAUGCCAGUGUCUGGCUGCUCAACCCCAUGGUCGCCAAUAUCAGCACUCGGGGGAGCAGCGAGGGUUUACUUUGCGUACUGGUUAUGUCCCUGCUGGGUGCCUUUGAGACUCGACAAAUCGCUCUCUCAGGUGCCCUCCUCGGCUUGAGUGUUCAUUUCAAGAUAUACCCAUUUAUCUAUGGAGUCAGUAUGCUGUGGAUUUUGGAAAGCGGUCCAACUUCUUCAAGUCCCUCGACAUCUUUUCAGAAUAUUCUACGAUUCCUCAACCCAAGACGCUUGUUACUUCUCACUACAUCUUUGUCGACCUUCACCUCUCUUAACAUUCUCAUGUAUAAUAUUUACGGACCACCCUUCUUGAAACACACGUUUCUACAUCACUUUACUCGCAUCGACCAUCGCCAUAAUUUCUCUCCUUACAACGCCCUUCUAUAUCUCUCCUCCGCCCACUCAGCAGUCUCGCCUGCUCAACCAACAUCUCUUUCCUUCGAAUCCAUCGCUUUCAUCCCGCAACUCCUUCUUUCGACGGUUCUUAUCCCUGUGGCCCUGUCAAGACGGCAUCUACCAGCGACAAUGCUGGCUCAAACCUUAGCAUUCGUCACAUUCAAUAAAGUUUGUACCUCGCAGUAUUUUCUGUGGUAUCUGAUUUUCCUCCCGCUCUACCUACCACGAUCCUCCCUGACUACCUGUCCCUCUCUGGGCGGCACCGCACUCGCGCUUUGGGUUCUCGGACAAGCUGCCUGGCUCCAACAAGGAUACCAACUCGAGUUUCUAGGGCGCAGUACCUUUGUACCAGGCCUUUUCUCCGCAGGCCUAGCAUUCUUCGCGGUCAAUUGUUGGAUCCUAGGCGUCGUUGUAUCCGAUGUUAUUUCAGGAGCGGGAUCCAAUUCCCUGGCCGAAACACCGGAAAAGCCACCCAAAUCGGCACCAUCGACAUUGUCAUCUCCAAUUUCAACUGCUCGUCCUCGCAAGGCAAGCAACGUCGACACCAGCUCCCUUAAUUCCGUGCAUCUUGGGCCACGAAACCGUACUCUAAAAAGCAAUUGA